GGAUUCUUGGAGAAAAUGGCACCUUACGUUUUACGUACGAAGGGCGUAUUGUGACAAAGCCUGUCAUCUCAGGCGUGGAAAUAAUAUUAACUAAGUCGGAUAUUUAUAAGUUUUACACAAAACACUUUUCCAAUGAAAAUGAAGGAGGAAAAUGAGGGUAGGCGAGAGCUUGGAGUACAUGUUACAUGAACUUAUAGUUUACCAUGCUACUCGACAAUUCAUCUAGGUUCGUUUGAGAGCUGCUAUGGAGGUUUUGUGUAAACAGCAAGUUAUUUCCCUCGUGACAUUGUUGAUUAUACCUCUCGUGCAAUGUGGAGUAACAUAUAUAGCGGCAGUAUUCGAACACUCACCCUAUGAAUUCCCAACGGAGGAUAAAAUUCCGACGCUAGCUCAGGCAAGACACAUCAUGAAUUCUAAUUUGGAUGCUUAUGAAGAAGCAGCAAUUGAAGCUAGAUUUAAGGGCGCAGAGGUGAUCGUGUUUCCCGAAUAUGGUCUCCAGGGUUUAGUGAAAUCUCGAGAAUACGCGAGACUUUACAGUGAGGACAUCCCCGAGGAGUACGAAUUCAAAAAGGCGCCAUGUAUUGAGCAGUAUGCUCGAAACAACACUCCCAUUUUCUCAAGGCUUAGCUGUUUCGCCCAUACCAACCACAUGAUCAUUGUUGCUAACAUGCUAAACAGGAAGAAGUGUGAUGGUAAACAGGGUCACUGCCACUCGGAUGGCUAUUACUUCUUCAGUACUCACAUUGCAUUUAGACCCGAUGGUUUUCUCAUGUCCACAUACCCCAAGUGCCACCGAUCGGUCAUUGAAACCAAAUGGCUCAACAGUCCAAGUAAAUGUACACCAAAAAGAUUCUCUUACUAUGCAACAUUUACCGGUCCGGAGGUUUUACUCGAGAAUCCCGCUGUCAUACUGUCUCUUAGGUAUGAUGCCCAUAAUUUAGUUGUCCCGUCCUCUUGGGAUGGAGCGCCUCCAUUAAUGGCUUCGUCACAAUGGUUACAAUCUUGGGGAAUAAGACACGGAGUGAAUAUCAUUACUGCCACUUUGCAUAAUCCGGGUUCUUAUAGAACUGGAAGUGGACUAUUUUCUGGCGCGGAUGGAGCAAAGAUUUAUUAUCACAACAAUACUGUGUUUAACUAUAAUGAUGGUACAGCGGAAGCUAUAAAGCUUCAAACUGGUAUGCUUCUAGUUGCAAGACUUCCCCGAAAUCCUCCUAAGAGACAAGUUGAAUUAAUGCCAACCAGGGAUAUCUCUGGUCCCAGUAACAAAACCAUCAUCUAUGAAAAAUCAAUCAAUGGCGGGGUUUUUAAAGUUUCACCUUUAACCGGACUAGAGGGAAACGUCUCCAUUUGUGAAGGGGAUGUAUGUUGUCACGCCAUCUAUGAGUUUACAGGGGAAACACGACUCUAUAGUCUAGGAUUUUAUAAUGGUUAUCAGGAACACCGCAGUAUUGCAAAUACAAAAAUUUAUAGUCAAAUAUGUACAGUAUUGCAGUGCCCGAUAGAUGGCACUAGAGAAUGUAUAAAAGUGCAUAGAAUUAUAGCUCCACUGUUCAACAAACUAAUUCUCGCUGGUAGCUUUUCAACAAGAUAUGUAUACCCAUCUGUUGUUGCAACGGACAUGGAUGUAGCCCCCAAACAUUGGAGCUACGGGGACGACGAUUUAAUAUCAAAGGAUUCUCUAUUUAGGGCUUUUAUAAAAUCAUACAGAGGGAUCGAAAAACCGCUGUUGUCUGCUACAUUAUAUGGACGCGUAUAUAAGAAAGACAUUUUUCAGUCUAAAGGGAUUACUUCUGGAUGCACUCCGUUUUUACAUACCCUGUGUGUAGUAUUGCUUUGCGUUGUCGUUCCUCCUGCUUUGUGCAAAUUUUGAAGAACUUAAUAUACAUGAUUCACAUUCGUCUAUUUACAGAAAAUAAACUUAUAAGUAUACAUUUAUCAUGAUUUCUUUGAAGUCAGAC